CCACCACACACUCUCUCUGCCCUUGUCACACUCCCUGGCGUUCGUCCCCAGCUGAUCCUCUCACAGAGCUGCCAUGGGACAGAGCGGACCGCGCCGAAUGGACCUGGAUCAGAGUGCUGAAAACUGAUACUGCUAACGAGGAGGGGAAAAAAGUCAUUUUCUUUAACUGUGAUAUCCAAACGAGAGAGUGGGUUUUUCUUGACCAUGACGGAUACUGUAGCUGAGGAAGAGAAGGACCCUGACAUUGAAUUAUUUGUUAAGGCUGGGAGUGACGGGGAGAGCAUUGGAAACUGUCCUUUCUCCCAACGUCUCUUCAUGAUCCUUUGGCUGAAGGGAGUCGUCUUCAACGUCACGACCGUCGAUUUAAAAAGGAAACCAGCUGAUCUUCACAACCUCGCCCCGGGAACACAUCCGCCAUUUCUUACCUUCGAGGGGAACGUUCUCACAGAUGUCAACAAGAUAGAAGAGUACCUGGAGGAGAUGCUGGGUCCACCCAAGUAUCCCAGGCUUACAACAAAGAACCGUGAAUCCAAUGUUGCAGGAAACGACAUCUUUGCCAGGUUCUCAGCUUACGUCAAAAACACAAGACCAGAGAAAAAUCGCUCUUUGGAGAAGAGUCUGAACAAAGCCUUGGCAAAACUGGACGAGUAUUUAAUGCGCCCUUUUCCUGAUGAGGUUCAAUCUGGACGACACAGCGGCGAAGGCCCGUCCACCCGCAAAUAUCUGGACGGCGAUGAACUGACACUUGCUGACUGCAACCUCCUACCCAAGCUCCAUGUUGUCAAGGUGGUUGCAAAGAAAUACAGAAACUAUGACAUCCCUUCUGAAUUAAAAGGGGUGUGGCGUUACCUCGACAAUGCCUACAAGCGAGACGAGUUCACCAACACAUGUGCAGCAGAUGUGGAGAUCGAACUGGCCUACCAGGCUGUGGCCAAGAGGUUGGAAAAAUGAAGCAGCAACUAAUAACUUCCAGUUCUAAAGAAUAUUACAUCUGCUGCUUAAAUGUGAUUUGACAUUUUCAUGACUUACUUGUAAAUAUAUCUCAAUCUAGUAGUUUCUCUGAGUCAAAACAUGUAUUAAAACAAGAACUAAAGAACUUAGCAUAUUCACCACAGAUGAAGCUAAUGAAAACAAUUAUUUUCAAAUAGCAUACAGAACAGAAGCAUUAUUAGCUAUCUUGCUAAAGCUAACAUAACUUUAGCAUUUAAGCUGAGUGGAUAGACAAGAAUAAAUAUUAUUUUUAAGCAAUUUUCAAAAAUCCCCCAGAUAUUUUGUUGCAUUAACGUAUUAUUAUUUAAUUUCCCUUUUUGGGAUCACUAAAGUAUUUUUGAAUUUUAAUUUGAAAUAUUUUCUAAAUGCCAGAAUAAUUGUAUAUAAUAUUUUUUUCAAGCGUUCACUAGUGAGGGCGUGGUGCGCCUCACAAAAUACACGGUAUCAUAAGAAAAGAAGAUUAUGUGGAUCAUUUCCUGCAGAAAUAUGUGUGGAGUGUUCACUUGUUUGGUGAUCCAGUGCAACAGUAAAUGUGGCAAAGUGCUAAAUAUUUUAAAAAUCUUUUAUCAAAAUUAUCGUGAGCGUAAGCUUUUUGUUCCCCUGAAACCAUUUGAUCAGAAGUUUAUUAGUCACUUUAGGAAACAAGAUCAGUGAAAACAUCAUUAUCUCCUUGCAGAACCUGAUAGCUUUAAGUAACUUAUUAGCAGGCUUGCUUCCUUUAUUGCGUGAUAAUGCAAAUAAAAAAUAUGUGUUUAAGCCAAAGUAGUUGAAGCUAUGGUAGCUUUGCGAACCUAUUGCAUGUCCUUUACCCCAUUUUCCAUGUCGUUAGAACCAUUUACUACAGUUACAGCUCUUACUGAUACUCUUAUCUCAAAAUGUCAGAUGGACUUUCAUCAUUGUCUAUCACCAUUCUGAAGCAACAACCACACUGUUAAUCUAUUUAAAAAAAGAGGAAGAAGAUUAUAAAAUGAAGCUAUUGAACAUACUCUGUCUUGUCAUUUAAACAGAUUUAGCAUUUUUGAUGUAUUCUGAUCUCAAGUGCCUUAGUGGGAAACAAGCUCACCUCUCCUGUACCUUCAGCUUUUUAUAUCUGUACAGUACAUUGUGUUUUUCAUUUAUUCAGAAUUUUUCCACAUUGGAUUUAUCAUAAUCUAUAGAGCUGUGUGAGGACUGAAUAAACUACGGGGUAUAGCUUAACGUUUUUAAAUAGAGAUUAUAUAUAUAUACACAUCAUGAGCUUCUUCAUGAUCUUUCUAAUGAUUAGAAUUGUGAACCUACUGUGUUUACUGUUAUCCUUAUUUGGGUAAUAAAACCAUGUUCUCAGACUGGG